AUGGAAAAUAAGGAUUCGAAUUCGAAUAAGGAGAGAAGGGGGAAGGAAAGAGGGAACUACUAUUCCCAAGAAAGCAGCAGGCACGCGAAUUAUCCACUUUUAGCAAGAGAAGGUGGUGACAAAAAAGAAACCGUUCUCAUUGAAGUCAGCUAUCGGAAUGGGUACAAUUUAAACCUAUUAACAAGGAUCUAUGAGAGAGCGAGCCUGGUGCCAGCAGUGGCAGUGACUCCAGUUCUCAAAAUAUAUGUCGUGUUAUCAGUCAUUGAAAAAAUUCCCCUACCUGAAUUAUGUCGAGCUGAUAUGGAUGUUGUGGAGCAAAUAAAUGUUUUAUUUCCCACAGAACAGUCGUUAUCCCAAUUGGAUUCAGUCAUGAAAGCGAUUGAUAAUCAAAUUUUAUCAUUAGAUCAAGAACUUACAGAACUAGUUGAAAGUCAUGGUAAUGCAGGCUCUGAAGGUGAAGCAGCUUUGGCACAAGCUCAUAUGGCAAUGGCUGAGCUUGAAGAAAGGGUACGCUCAAUACGCUUAAAGACGCAAUCAUCAGAAAGCGUUGUGCAAGAGAUGACACGAGAUAUCAAGCAACUUGAUGUAGCAAAAAGAAAUCUUACAGCCUCCAUAAAAGCAUUACAUCAUUUGCAUAUUUUACUUACGGGAAUUAACUCACUCCACACAUGGGCAGAACAGCAUCGUUACGGCGAUAUAGCUUCUCAGUUACCGGCUGUUCUUAAUGUUUUACAACUUUUUGAUUCUUACAUGGAAGUAGAACAAAUCAAGAAUGUUGCCGAACAACUCGAACGUUUGAAGCAACGCUUAGCUAUUCAAAUUGUCGCAGAUUUGAAGCACUCAUUCCAAAAAUUGUUAGUUAAUUCAACUGCAGGAAAAGGCAAAAUUCGAAAGUUAAAAAAUUCUUAA